AUGGUCGCAGCACCUGUUGACUCCACCGGCGGACGACUGUUCUUCCAAGACAGCGGGCCCGUACCCAACUCUACAACAUACACCACUUUGGUCAUAUACCAUGGUACAGCACUCACUGGAGAGAGUUUCCGAAAAGUCCUCCCGCUUUUCCCACGACAUAACAUUCGCGCCGUCGUAGUGAACCGCCGACAUUACCCCGGAAGCGCCAGGUUCCAGGAGGCACAGCUCGAUGAUCUCCGUCACGGCCGAGAGGGCUACCUACACGUUGUUGCACAGGAUGUCGCAAAUUUUCUCGCAUGGUUCAUCAACAAUGAGCAUGUAACGCUCCGAAGUAGAGACAACAGGUCAGGCGGUCUCGCGAUACUAGGGUGGUCAUCCGGAGGUCCGGUUAUCCUAUCUCUGUUUGGUCAGCCAGAUGUGAUACCAAAGAAGCUGUAUGCACAAAUCGAGCCAUAUUUGCGGGCUGCAAUCAUUUAUGACUCACCCAUGAUGGCGUACGGUUACAGUUCCGAUCCACCUCCUGGCGUUUCAGUGCAAAAACUCGCCGAGGCCCUGCGCACGCCGGAGCACUUCAUGAAGUACGUUACGGGAUGGUUCGAUCACGACCUGUCUUCUCGGUCGUCUGCGGGACUUGACUACAGCUGGAUCAGCAACGACGCAUCCAUAGACCAUAUCACGCCUGAGGAACUGCAGACGAUAGUCGACCCUGCUGCGGCGUUCACGGCGGACUUGGGACCAUCUUCUUGCUCGGUCGUCGAGCCGAUGUUGCAUCGACAAGCUGACCGAGCGUUGUACGACGAAGAGCUGGCGAGGUCAGUCCUUCCCGAUGUCAGAUUUACGACACUGGUCUGCACGCGAUCGGGUUGGCAUAUGGUGUUGGGUGCAUUGGAGAACGAGAAAAGAUACACUGCGGCGGUGGCUUCUGGGAAGACUGUUCGUCCGAAUCGGUUUAUUGAUGUCAAGAAUGCAAAUCAUCUGCUUCACUGGGACGACCCGGAAACGUUCUGUAAAGUUGUCGCCGAAGCACUGUCAUAG